CCAACCCCUCAGUGCUUUCAUCAAUCAUCACCAUUCACCAACACCGACCUCCUCAUUCCCCCUCUCUCUCUCUCUAUAUAUGCGCUAAAGACUGAUCUCUGCUACUUACAAUUGCUUUUGAUAACGAAAUUUCGAGGCUUUGUAGACGUCAUCCAUGGUGGAAUUUCCUUCUUCCAGUGAUAGCAGUAGUAGCCAUGACGAGGGUCAUGAACAGCUCGAGUUUCUCCACCCGACGACAGCAGCCGUUGCAAAUCUCUCUCUUUCAUCGGAAGCGUUUCUCGGAGCUGCUAUUGCUCUCAAAGAGCAGGUAGUGGAGGCGACGUGGACAGAUGGAUGUGCCGGAGGUGGGGAUAUCGUGGACCCGACGGUUUACACCGGCUUGUUGGGGACAGCGUUCACCUGUUUGCGGCUCUAUGAGGCUAUUGGUAGUCACCAGGAAUUGCAACUGUGUGCCGAUAUCGUCCACACUUGUGCUGCUGCCAUCGCUAACACUUCCACUAGGUAUAUGACGUUUUUGUGUGGAAGAGGCGGGAUAUACGCCUUGGGUGCGGUGGUAGCGAAUCUUUGUGGAGACCAUCACAGGCGCAAUUUUUAUCUUGGCGAAUUUUUGGAGUUGGCACAAGAGAGAGCCCUCCCUGUGGGACCUGAGGAAGGCGGCUUUGGGAUGUCAUAUGAUCUUCUACAUGGGCGUGCCGGGUUCUUGUGGGCUGCAUUGUUUAUAAACAAACAUAUGGGUCAAGAAACAGUGCCAUCUGACCUCCUCAACCCGAUAGUUGAAGCAGUGAUAGCAGGAGGAAGGGCAGGUGCAUCUGAUCACGCUAUGUGCCCCUUGAUGUACAGAUGGCAUGGUACUAGAUAUUGGGGUGCAGCCCAUGGACUUGCGGGUAUAUUGCACGUUUUGCUUCAUUUCCCAUUGUCUGAAGAGGACACGGAGGAUGUAAAGAGGACUUUACGAUACAUGAUGAGCAAAAGGUUCCCUCAUACUGGUAACUACCCAUCAAGAGAAGGUAAUCCGAGGGACAGUUUGGUGCAAUGGUCUCAUGGUGCAGGCGGCAUGGCUAUCACCCUCUGCAAGGCGUCUGAGGUUUUCCCAAAUGACCGGGAGUUCCGAGAUGCAGCGAUUGAAGCAGGGAAAGUGGUGUGGAAGAGUGGGUUGGUGGAGAAAGUGGGGCUAGCUGAUGGUGCGUCCGGGAACGCUUAUGCCUUCCUUGCUCUCUAUCGUCUAACGGGAGACAGUAUCUACAAGGAGAGAGCCAAGGCAUUCGGUGGCUUCUUGUAUCACAAUAUAAAGAAGCUUACAAGUAUCACAAAUUCUCAUGGACGCUAUUCCCUUUUCCAAGGACUCGCUGGAACCGCUUGUUUAUGGUGCGAUGUGGCGAGGUCCGAGAAAUCGAGAUUUCCCGGGUUCGAAAUUUAGGAAUCGGUGUUUUUUUUUAUGUAUAGUGAGCUUGGAUAUGGAAGGCAAUAAGCAAGAUGAGAGACAUACAAAGCUACUAUAAGAAUUAUUUGACCAAAAGUGUAAUCAUAUCUGCAAAUCCAAGGAAUAAAACAAUCAAUUAGCCUGCU